UCCGUGUUGUCUGGUUGGGUUCAGCCUGUGUCAUGGCGUCAUGUGAAGGUGGUGACGAAUUGUGUUGAUAAUGUUUAUUCUGUGACUGUAUCAGAUUGAGCUAACAGACUCGCUAUAUAUUUAUAUAUUUUAAGAAGCCCAUUGCAGAAAGUGACAAACUGUAUCAUGUCUAAUGUGGAAGUAAAGGAACUUUUCGACGAAAACAGGUAUCCUUCAGGAUGGAAAGCACUAUUUUUGGUGCUCUACACACCAUUUGGGCUCGUGCUGGCAGGUGUUAGAUUGCUUAUAGCUCUCCAAGCACUGAUGGUAGCUGCCCUGCUCCCACAACUCCCAGCUGUGAAAAGCUUUGUUUUGCGCUCCUUGUGCAUUGUCUUGGGCAUUGUUGUGAAGCAAGAAAAUACUGCAGUGAGGGAUGAGAAUGUGAAAGUUCUGGUGGCAAAUCACAUUUCACCUUGUGAUCAUAUAGCUGUUCAUCUUGUAUGUGGGAGCAUCACUCCCAGUGUGUGGGAGCUGCCAGCACCAUUCUGGUGGGCACUGGGAAUGCAGGAGUUUGGCCUGAGGCAAGGGAGGGAUGUACUUGUGGCCAGUGUUCGAAGCCACUUGGAGAAAUCAGCCACUCCAGUCUUGUGUCAUCCGGAGGGUUCCACAACAAGUGGGAAGGUGGGAUUACUGAAGUUUUCUUCAUGGUCAUUUUGUCUGGGUGAUGUCAUUCAGCCGCUAACUAUCCGAGCGUGGCGGCCGCCAUUUGCUGAUGUUGCAGCCUCAGCUUUAGCUACUGGUAUAUGGGGAGACAUAUUCUGGUUUCUGUUUGUUCCUUGCACCAUUUUUACUCUCAGAUAUCUUCCGGCAGUGGUGAAAGAAGCUGGAGAAAGUGAGGUUCAGUUAGGGGAGCGUGUUGCAAAACUGUUGGCCGCCGAUCUGGGAGUUGUGGUGACCGAACAUACUGCUUCAGACAAAGCAGAGUAUGAGAAACGAUAUUUAGUGGAGCAAAGUCAGCCCAUCAUUGUCCACAAUACCUCCACUUCUGAACUGCAGCGCAUGGCUCACCAGGUGGGUGAAGUGCUGCCGUAUGUGCCUCACGAUGUCGUCGUUAGAGAUCUUGUCCGAACACGGAGUGUUGAUGUGACCAUCUCUAAUAUAUUAGAAGGUGUGGUGACAUACAUACCACAGGUGGAAUCACUGCCAUCACCCAGCCCUUUGAGUAUGACGACGCAGGACUUAAAGAACAUUCCUUCCACUUCCAGUGCCACACACACACUAGCUAAUACUAUACAGGGUUCAUGUUUGGAUACAUCGGCACCUUCGUUUGCCCGCUCAGCACAGGAGCGAAUGCUGUCUUUCAAUGAACGCAAAGCUCGUCUAAUAGAAAAUGCCCGCCAGAGGUAUAUUAAAAAACAUGGACUUCAGAAUAUUGGAUUGACUUGCUGAUGAUGACACAUUGUGCACUGACAGCUCCCUUCAGAGUUGUUACAAUGGGACUGAGAACCCUCUGCUCCAGGCCAUGUUUGGCCCUCACAUAAUUUAGUAAUGUGUAUGUAAAAUGUGCAUAAAGUUGGCCUUGACUAAUGAUCAGUGUUAACUAAAUUGGUGUAAAGUAAGCAAGUCAGUUAUAUGACUUUGCAGUGAAGAAAGAGCGUGUCACCUGGUGCUGAACUUUGUUUGUUCAUGGCAGACAGUACAAUACCUGGAAGUUGGUAGGAAUUCUAAAAUAAUAGUGAGGGUCAUUACAUUGUAUCUUCCAGAUUAUUGUGUGGUUGCAAUACAUGUACAUUGAACUGGA